CGCGCCCUGAGGAGACGCCGGUCGGAGGCGGAGAGAUGGCGCUGGCAUAUCCAGUGUUCUGAGAAACAGAGAAUUGGGCAAAGUUCCUAUCCUUUGGAUCUUAUACUUCAACAAUCCCCAACACACGACCAAGGCUGGCAGAAAGGCAGCUGAUCAACAGUGGGAGCCCAGAGAGUGAAGUCUCAUCCAGAUGAACCAGCUACCCUUCAAUCACUGAGUCCUCCAAUGGUCUUGCAAUGACACUACCUUCCUUGUUCCAGAAACUUGGCCUGAGUCAGGAGGAAACCCCAUAACUUGUCCCUUUGAAGUUGAAUUGCAUCACUGUGGGCUGUAUUGAAAAUGCACAGUGAGAGGCAGACUUCAGUGAAAUACUAUGUUGGAAUUGAUGUUGGAUCAGCAAGUGUUCGUGCUGCGCUGGUAGAUGAGUUUGGGACAGUAAUGAUGCACGCAGAACAACCAAUACAGAUCUGGGAACCUCAACCAGACCACUAUGAACAAUCCUCUGCUGACAUAUGGGCUGCUUGUUGUGCAGUCACCAAGAAAGUCAUCUGUGAUGUUGAUGCCAGCCAGAUUCGAGGCAUUGGAUUUGAUGCUACGUGCUCCCUUGUUGUCGUGGAUAAACAGUUCCAACCUUUGGCAGUCAACUCACAAGGGCAAAACAACAGGAAUGUUAUUAUGUGGAUGGACCAUCGUGCAGUCAGUCAAGUAGACCGCAUCAAUGCAACGCAGCACCGGAUUUUGAGCUACGUUGGGGGAGUGAUGUCUGUGGAAAUGCAGCCUCCUAAGUUGUUGUGGAUAAAGGAAAACUUACAAGAGUCGUGCUGGGAGAAGGCAGGCUACUUCUUUGAUCUCCCGGAUUUCUUAUCUUGGAAAGCCACAGGUGUCACUGCAAGGUCCUUAUGUACGCUAGUGUGCAAGUGGACGUAUGCUUCAGAUGGAGGUUGGGAUGACAGUUUCUGGAAGAUGAUUGGCUUGGAAGAUUUGGUGAAGGACAAAUAUGAAAAAAUAGGAAACCACGUCUUGUCUCCUGGAGAGUCUGUUGGAAAAGGUCUAACGCCAGAAGCUGCAAAAGAACUCGGUCUCCCCGAAGGGAUUGCAGUAGCAGCAUCUCUCAUUGAUGCACAUGCUGGAGGACUAGGAGUAAUUGGAGCAGAUGUGAGAGGACAUAACCUGCCAUGUGAAAACCAGCCAAUUACAUCACGAGUUGCUCUGAUCUGUGGAACAUCUUCAUGCCACAUGGGGAUCAGUGAAACACCCAUUUUUGUUCCUGGUGUUUGGGGACCUUAUUUCUCUGCCAUGGUACCUGGAUUGUGGCUGAAUGAAGGAGGUCAAAGUGCUACAGGGAAGCUGAUAGAGCAUGUGGUCCAAGGCCAUGUUGCCUUCCCGGAAUUACAAUCCAAAGCUGCAGCCAGUGCUCAAAGUAUAUAUACAUACUUGAACAGUCACCUGGAUCUGAUUAAGAAAUCCUUGCCUGUGGGUUUCCUCACUGUUGAUUUACAUGUUUGGCCAGAUUUCCAUGGAAACAGAUCUCCCUUAACAGAUCUGACACUAAAGGGCAUGGUUGUCGGACUGACGCUGUCUCGGGGUCUGGAUGAACUUGCCCUUAUCUACUUGGCCACGAUUCAAGCAAUUGCUUUAGGAACAAGACAUAUUUUGGAAGCUAUGGAGGCUGCAGGCCAUCAUAUCAACACCCUGUUCCUGUGUGGUGGGCUGAGCAAGAACCCUCUCUUUGUGCAGAUGCAUGCUGACAUUACUGGCAAGCCUGUUGUCCUGUCCAAAGAAGUGGAGUCUGUUCUUGUGGGUGCCGCUAUUCUUGGAGCUUGUGCUUCUGGGGAUUUUGCAUCCAUACAGGAGGCCAUGGCAAAAAUGGGAAAAAUCGGGCGAGUCGUGCGACCGAACCAUGAGCACAAAAGAUUCUAUGACAAGAAAUAUGAAGUAUUUUUGAAACUUGUGGAACAUCAGAGAGAGUAUCGCUCCAUCAUGAAAAGCUCCUAAUCCAGUGGCAUCCUCUGGGAACGGCAGGGAUAAAUUGCCUACGAUGAGGGUAAAUUCAUCUUACUGCACCAUGCAUUGUAAAAAUACAAUUUUAUCAUUUGAAAUGUCCAUUUUUGAUGUUAAGGAGCAAUAAAAUGCACUCUAUUCGCUAUGAA